CGCGAGAUCUGAAUGUCGGCGGAGGCGGUUGGGACAGUUCCCUGAGGCAUCCGGAGCCCGGUUCCAGUGUCCUGUUCGCUCGGUCUCCUCAGCGGCCAUGAGGCGGAGAGGCCAGGACGAGGAGGCUUGCGGCGUGUGGCUGGACGCGGCAGCGCUGAAGAAGCAGAAAGUGCAGACACAUUUAAUCAAACCAGGCACCAAAAUGCUAACACAUUUUCCUGGAGAAGGAAAGGCUAAUAUUUCUCUUACUCAAAGAAGUACUACACCUGCAGGUGCUCGGCAGACCAGCAUUACUUCCUUCUUCACCUUGCAGCCAGGAAAGACAAAUGAUGGUGACCAGAGUGUUUCGUCUCAUAUAGAAAGCAAGAUCAACAAAGAGUCCAAGAAGGAUGCAACCCAGCUAGAUCAUUUGAUCAAGGGCUUGGAGGAUAGUUGCAUGGCACCCCCUGUAGCCACUUCAACCCCUGCAGACAUCCAGGAAGAUGGACUUUCUCCUCAGUCCCUCCAGACUUCUGACCACAACAAAAUUGGAACUCCAGUUUUGACUGUGUUGUCCUUACUUCAGCCUUACACCCUAGUCUGUGCUGGAGAGAGUAAAGCCUCACUGGCAUUUUCAUUUACUCAGAACUUGGAAAAUUCUUGUUUGCUGGACCAAAAAGAGGGAGAAAGGGAUUCUCCCAGGAAAAGGGAAUGGCUUCAUGGAUCUAAGAACCAUCAGGGCAUGGAGAGACACAUCAAACCACCUGGGGGCAAAUGCUCUCAGCCCUUGAAGAGGACUAAAUUGGAAAGUAAGGUAUCUGACAAAGAAAACAGGCAGGCUCCUGUCCUUCAAACUUACAGGGAAUCCUGGAGUGGAGAAAACAUAGAAUCAGUGAAACAAAGCCCUUGUCCUUUUUCUGUUUUUUCCUGGGACAGUGAAAAGAAUGACAAGGACUCCUGGAGUCAGCUUUUCACUGAAGAUUCUCAGGGCCAGCGGGUCAUUGCCCACAACACUAGAGCUCCUUUCCAAGAUGUAACCAAUGACUGGAAUCUGGGCUUAGGGCAGUUUCCUAACAGCCCUCAGGCUCAGUGCCAAGACAGGUCAACUCAGUUAAAUCUGCAGCCUGAUUUGCUCUUUACCCAAGACUCUGAAGGUAAUCAAGUUAUCAGGCACCAAUUCUAAGGUUUUUAUGAGGGUUUGGUUCUAAAAGUUACCUUGUAAUGGUGGAGAUGUAGGAAAAUGUCUUGUAGUUGGGGAUGGGGAGGGAGUGCUUUUUUUUUUUUUUUAGGUGGGAAGGAGCCAUGGGAUGAAGCUGUCAUUAUUGAGCAUUUUCUUUGUGUAAAUAAAGCAGGCAGUAGCGUUCAUUGAGGGUGUGAUUGGCAUCAUGCUUUUCCCUCAUGAAGGAGGUGACUGGUAAAUUCCCUGAAUGAGUCUAUGACUGAGCACGGAGGAGGCAGGGCAGGUAACUGUCCCUCCACUAAAGAGCCUGUUAUUCAGCCUGCGCAGAGCUAUCUCUCUACCCUUUUACAUGCCUGACUGGGACCUUGCUUCUUAUGGAAGUGUUUUUUUUAAUCAAUGGCUGUAAUAUUACCCUCUCAACUUAAGCUUGGGACCAUUGUUCCUGACAUGUUUUUGAAUGAUUAAGACAAAUCUCCUCAAUCCAGGUAUGUGGGAUGUGGGGACACAGAGAGGUAAAAUGGUGGUAGUUUAAGUUUUUUGUUUUAUUUUUGUGUACAUUUUAAAAGUUACAAACUCCAUGUUUAAAUCUGUCCCUAAAAAAGCCCGAGCUAUAUAGUGAUCUAGAUAUGACCAUAUUAACUCUUUCCACAAGGUGGUAGGGAAUCCCUUUUAUAAAACUAUGGGUCUAAGCAAAUGUUCACAAAGCUGGCUCUGAUGGUAAUUAGAACACUACCAAUUUCAUUUUUGAAAAAGCAAUAUUUUAAUAGUAUAUGCUCUGUCAUUGCCCUGAGUCCUAUAUGAAUUUGAUCUAAUAAACCCGUGUUCAUUAUC